GCCUGUUAGAAACGGCACCGCUCUCGGCACGGUGAACGGCUUCACAAACAGGGAAGUGAAAAAUAAAAAUGACCUUUUGCUGCAGACCGGCGGCUCGCUGGCGUUUGUUGUCGCUGCGGGGCUUGCGGGUGAAUCUGCCGGACUCGCACGCCGGCGGAAGCCCCAAGCCGAUGCCCCGGGCCGGAGUGCCACCUGUGCGGGCCGGGAGUCAUCCUCUGACGGGACACACUCUCGCACACGCCCGCCGGCAGCAUUCAGACACGACGGCCUCGGCUGAGGUGCAGCUAAAGCGACUGGAUGGGGAAGACGCCGGGAUAGUGGAGGUGUUGAUGUGCCGACACAAAGUAAGGAAUGCUCUCGGUCACGUCUUUGUGGCACAGAUGAGGGAGACGAUGUCCACCCUGUCCCAUGACUCGGCUGUGCGUGUGGUGAUCUUCAGGAGUUUAGUGCCAGGCGUCUUCUGUGCAGGUGCUGACCUGAAGGAGAGAGCUCGGAUGAACAACGCGGAGUCUGACCUGUUCGUACACAGCCUGCGAUCACUCAUGACUCAGAUUGCAUCGUUGCCCACGCCGACCAUUGCAGCGUUGGAUGGGGUUGCACUGGGAGGCGGACUGGAACUGGCCUUGGCGUGUGAUCUCCGCACAGCCGCAUUUUCUGCACAGAUGGGUCUGAUCGAGACAACGCGGGGGCUGCUCCCAGGGGCGGGUGGCAGUCAGCGCCUACCGCGGGCUGUCGGCAUGUCUCUGGCCAAAGAGCUCAUCUUCACAGGUAAGCGUGUGGGGGGGCAGGCAGCUCUGGAGAUGGGGCUUGUAAACAGAGCCACAGAACAGAACCAGACAGGAGAUGCUGCCUACAGAGAGGCACUCAGCCUGGCCAGAGAGAUAGUGCCCCAGGCUCCCAUUGCUGUGCGCAUGGCAAAAGAGGCAAUGAACAAAGGCAUUGAGGUGGACAUCUCCUCAGCAAUGGCAAUAGAGAGGAUGUGUUAUGCCCGGGUCAUCCCUACACGGGACAGACAGGAAGGUAUGGCUGCCUUCAUUGAGAAGAGACCACCACGAUACACUGGAGAGUAAUGGACCUUUGUUGACAAGGAAUUCAGCGGACAGUGUGUUUCCCAUAUCAAUGCACAUAUGCACUACUCUAACCUUAAGCCUGAUAGACAAUUAAUUUGUAUUUUUAAUUUUUUUAAACUUUGAUAUACUUUAUUAAUCCCCGUGGGGAAAUUAUGCUCUGUAUUUAACCCAUCCUAACUGUGUAGCUAGGAGCAGUGUGCAGCCACUGUGCAGCACCCGGGGACCAACUCCAGUUCGUCUUGCCAUGCCUUGGUCAGGGGCACAGACAGGAGUAUUAUAACCCUUACAUAGUACAUGUCUUUUUGAUGCAAUUUUUGCAACAAAAGAAAAAAAUGCAAUUUUUGAUUGAUUGUGCACAUCCCCGUGACUUGUCAAAACAGGUCAUGGUGAGUUCUCAGGGAUGAGUGUUUGGUCCUGGUAAGGGCUGUUUUUCAUGUCAUCCAAAAAAGCUGUGUAAUAUCUGACAAAAAAUGUGUAUCAAAAGGACUUAUUUGGUCUGUUUUUCCUUUGUUUCGCUUGGGUGAACUUUAUGGGAUCAAGUUUCCAUAGC